AUGGAGGUGGACGAAGGGCCAAUGCAUCAAGGGCCCGCGGUUUCACUAGCGGAUAACACGGAAGACGAAGUGACUAGUGCGAAUUCUGUUAGCCAUCUAGUCGGAGACAGAGAAAAUUCAUCAGUUGUGGAGGAGGAGAAAGAGGCUUCGGCGUUUGCUGCAGGUGCUGCUGCUGCUGCUGCUGCUGCUGCUGCUGCUGCUGCUGCUGCUGCUGUUGCUGCCGCUGCUGUCGCUGCUGCACCUGCUACUGCUCCCCUUGUUGCUGCUCCUCCUCCUGUUGAUCCUCCUGCUGCCGUUCCACUUGCUGCUGCUCCUCCUCCUGCUACUGUUCCCGCUGCUGCUGUUCCUCCUCCUCCUGCCGCUGUUCCCGCUGCUGCUGUUCCUCCUCCUGCUGCUGCUGUUCCUCUCACUGAGGCCAAGGCUGUGGAGAAUGGCAUGCAGGAACUGACCAUGAAUGAAGUGCCAGCACACAGCAGCACGGAGGCUCCACACAACAGUGAUGGCUUAGAUGACGUUGCACACCCCUCACACGAGCCUUCCACGUCUCUGGACGCAUGUCUGCACCUGCUGAUGAGCAUAGACGAAGCUGACAUGGCGGCAGGCCUGGUAGCUGCAGCAGGCCACGUGGCAUGCGGGGACGCUGACGUGGUGCAUGAGGUGUUUGACGCGCUGCCCUUUCACUUCGUCCGAUCGCUGCUGGAAGAAUCAGUGGGGGAGAGGCUUGAAGCAACAGCACUGGGACCAACGCAGGAUCCACCAACAUCAGCGUCAGCAGCAGGAGCAGCAGCAGCAGCAGCAGCAGCAGCAGUGUCUGUACUCGUGGUGGUCACUGAGCAACCGGAACUAGCCUGUCUGCCUCCUGUACUCCACCUGCUGGACCCUCUCAGCCAGAUUAUUCUCCACGGGCGGACAGUGUCUCUCGUCCGAGACGCUUGCCUAUGUGUGCUGGCGGUGGCGCGGGGAUCAGAAGCGGGCAUGCGGGCGUGCAGGGAGCAAGGCAUGCUCGGGGUGGUCGCUCGCUCUCUUGCUGCCAUCACAGACCCUUCCUGCUCAGCUCUUGCAGCGGACCUGCUAAGCGUUCUGGUCAAUGCUGCAUCUCCCCUCGAUAUCUUCCAACACGGAGACUCGCUUGCUGCUGCUGUGCCAGCCCUAGCAAGGCAGCUAGCAUCAAGCGAAGACAGCAGCAGCAAGCACAAGAUAGUCACCCUGCUGCUCGCUCUGCUCUCGACAACUCAACAGCAACAGAACCACCGCCCUGCAUUGUCUAGCGCUACUCAAAGCACCGCUGAGCCGGAGCAGUUAGAGGGUCUGGUUCAGCAGGGCGUGAAGAGGCUUGAGCCUGUUGUGGCUGGUCGAGUGUGGGCAGCAGACCUUCGGGGUGGCAUUCAGUGCAUUCUCUCUUCCACCACUGGUUAG